CCGGGGGAUGGAGUCCCGGAGCGGCUCGGGCUCGGGGCGGAGGGGCAGCGGCGGCAGGAUUCCCAGGAGCCAUGUUGUCAGAAGUCCUGCUGGUGUCUGCUCCAGGGAAAGUCAUCCUGCAUGGAGAGCAUGCGGUGGUCCAUGGCAAGGUAGCACUGGCUGUGGCCUUGAACUUGAGAACGUUCCUCCGGCUUCAACCCCACAGCAAUGGGAAAGUGGGCCUCAACUUGCCAAACAUUGGCAUCAAGCAGGCCUGGGAUAUGGCCAGGCUUCAGCUGCUGGACACGAGCUUUCUGGAGCAAGGUGACGUCACAGCGCCCACCCCGGAGCAAGUGGGGAAGCUGAAGGAGGUGGCGGGCCUCCGCGAGGACUGUGCCGACGACCACGAGCGCCUGGCUGUGCUGGCCUUCCUUUACUUGUACCUGUCCAUCUGCCGGAAGCAGAGGGCCCUUCCCAGCCUGGACAUCACCGUGUGGUCGGAGCUGCCCCCCGGGGCUGGCUUGGGCUCCAGUGCCGCCUACUCCGUGUGUUUGGCAGCCGCCCUCCUGGCCGCGUGCAAGGAGAUCCCAAACCCGCUGAAGGAUGGCGAACCCACCAGCAGGUGGACCUCGGAGGAUCUGGAGUUAAUCAACAAGUGGGCCUUCCAGGGGGAGCAGGUCAUUCACGGAAACCCCUCCGGAGUGGACAACGCUGUUAGCACCUGGGGAGGGGCGCUCCGCUACCAACAAGGGAAGAUUUCCUCCUUAAAGAGCAAACAGGAACUGAUAUCAUCCUGUGUUCCUGGUGACACUGUGCCAGGAACUCGGGGUAUAAAGAUGAAUCUCGGACACAGUUUUGGGCCACCGGCUCUGAAAAUCCUGCUGACCAACACCAAAGUCCCCCGCAGUACCAAGGCUCUCGUGGCCGGCGUCAGGAAGAGGCUGCUCAAGUUCCCGGAGAUCGUGGGCCCCCUCCUGGCCUCGAUAGAAGCCGUUGCCCUGGAGUGCGAGCGAGUGCUGGGAGAGAUGGCGGUGGCCCUGGCCCCGGAGCACUACCUUGUGCUGGAGGAGCUCAUCGACAUGAACCAGCACCAUCUGAACGCCCUUGGGGUGGGCCACGCCUCGCUGGACCGGCUCUGUCAGGUGACCAUGGCCCACGGACUGCACAGCAAGCUCACUGGCGGGGGCGGCGGGGGCUGUGCCAUCACGCUCCUCAGGCCAGAUCUUGAGCGGCCAGAGGUGGAGGCCACGAAGCAGGCGCUGACCGGCUGUGGGUUUGACUGCUGGGAAACCAGCAUCGGUGCCCCCGGCGUCUCUGUCCACUCAGCCACCUCCCUGGAUGCCGCCGUCCAGCAGGCCCUGGACGGCCUCUGAGAUGAGCCCCACCAGAAGCCCCGUCCUGGAUUACUCUGGGUGCUGGAAUUCGCCUCUGUGCUGGCCAGUGGGCGCCCGGCUCUCUG